UAAAUUAUCAAAACUAUGAUUGAUAUAAAAAGAAAACUCUCUUAUGUAUUUCGGCUUUCUUCUGAAAAGCAAGAGAUAGCUUUGAAAUUUGCUAUAUUAACAUUAGCUAUGAUUUUAGCUUUUGCCAUUCGACUUUUUUCUGUGUUGAGAUUUGAAAGUGUAAUACAUGAAUUUGAUCCAUAUUUUAAUUAUAGAACCACUCAAUUUUUAACAAAAGAGGGUUAUUAUAAUUUUCAUAAUUGGUUUGAUGACAUGGCGUGGUAUCCAUUAGGAAGAAUUAUUGGUGGUACUAUUUAUCCAGGGCUCAUGAUAACCUCUAGCAUAUUAUAUCAUACAAUGAAUUUUUUUCAUAUCUCAAUUGAUAUCAAAGAUGUUUGUGUAUUUUUAGCCCCAUUAUUUUCAAGCUUGACAACUUUAGUUACUUAUGCUUUGACAAAAGAACUAAAAGAUAGCAGUGCAGGUCUGCUAGCAGCUUGUUUGAUGAGUAUGGUUCCAGGAUAUAUUUCUCGUUCUGUUGCAGGUUCCUAUGAUAAUGAAGGCAUUGCAAUUUUUUGUAUGCUUUUAACGUAUUACCUAUGGAUAAAAAGUUGCUCUCACACUGGGUCAAUUUUUCAUUCUGCUCUCUGUGCUUUAGCAUAUUUUUAUAUGGUUUCCUCUUGGGGUGGUUAUGUAUUCUUGAUAAAUCUUAUCCCAAUCCAUGUAUUAGUACUUAUGAUUAUAGGUCGUUUUGAUCACAAAGUUUAUGUAUCAUAUACUGUGUUUUACAGUAUGGGAACACUGUUUUCGAUGCAAAUUCCGUUUGUAGGAUUUCAACCCAUUCAAUCCAGCGAACAUUUAGCCGCCUUUGGGAUAUUUGGAAUAUGUCAAAUAUACGAAUUUGUCAAUUACACUCGUUCUAAACUUUCGAAAGAAACAUUUCAAUCUUUGAUCAGGACCACUUUGACCGUUAUAAUGACAAUCAUUGGAAGUGCUAUUCUGAUUUUGACCAUAACAGGAAAAAUCGCUCCUUGGACUGGAAGAUUUUAUACAUUGUUAGAUCCCUCGUACGCCAAAAACAAUAUUCCUAUCAUAGCAUCCGUGUCGGAACAUCAGCCCACUGCCUGGUCUUCUUUCUACUUUGAUCUCCAAAUACUAAUGUUUUUGAUGCCCGCGGGAUUGUAUUACUGCUUCAAAAAUUUGAAUAAUGGAAACGUUUUUAUCAUCCUGUAUGUUAUCACAAGCGUCUAUUUCACGGGUGUAAUGGUUCGUCUAAUGCUCGUUCUCGCACCAGCUAUGUGUAUAAUCGGUGCUAUAGGGGCGAGUUCUGUCCUAAGGGUCUACAUCAAAAAUCUUGAUUUGUGGUCAGAUUUAGGACUUAAUUUCCUAGACGAUAUUGGAUCAAAACCUUCGUCAAAAACGAUAACUUCUACAGUUUCUCACAAUUCGAUAAGUAAUGGGACUCUACCUACAUCCCAACACAGGCAUAAUAUUUCCAAGAAACCACUAAUGAGUGAAAUCAACUAUCCCUUUAAGAAAGAGAUAUCAAUGGGGUUAGUAGGCAUUCUGACCGGUUUUUUUAUCUUAUACACUUAUCAUUGCACUUGGGUCACUUCAGAAGCGUACUCAAGCCCUUCAAUCGUUUUAGGUGCGAGGACAUCCAGUGGGGAUAAUAUAAUAUUUGACGAUUUUAGGGAAUCUUAUUGGUGGCUGAGGCAAAAUACUAAACCAGAUGCUAAAAUAAUGUCUUGGUGGGAUUACGGUUAUCAAAUUACCUCUAUCGCUAAUAGAACGGUUUUGGUUGAUAACAACACUUGGAAUAAUACCCAUAUCUCUCGAGUUGGCCAGGCGAUGUCUUCAAGCGAAGAAAAGGCCUAUGCAAUAAUGAAAGAAUUGGACGUCGAUUAUGUACUGGUAAUAUUUGGGGGGCUCGUGGGAUAUUCUUCUGAUGAUAUCAACAAAUUUUUGUGGAUGGUUCGUAUAGGAGGUAGCACAGAGACGGGUAGCCACAUUAAAGAAGCUGAUUAUUUCACACCCCAGGGCGAAUAUAAAAUAGAUAAGGAUGCUUCAAAAAUUAUGCUUAAUAGUUUGAUGUAUAAACUAUCGUAUUUUGACUUUGGCUCGGUUCAUACAGAGGGAGGCAAACCUUCUGGAUUUGAUAGAGUUAGGAACUGCGAAAUUGGAGAAAAAAAUAUAAAGCUUAAUUUUAUGGAAGAAUCUUUUACUACCGAACAUUGGAUUGUUAGAAUAUACAAAGUUAAACGAUUAAACAAUCGUGGAUUGAGGGUUUGAAAAAUGAAUGUGAUUAGGAUAUUUUAAAAGAAUAAAAUACACAACAUUUAAAUAUUCUCCGCUAACAAUCCAUCCAGGUUGACUCAUUACCACGAUAACAUAAAUUGUGUAAAUAUAUUAGUCAAAAUCUUGCUUCAUUUUGAAUGUCUUGGGGAAAUUAUUAUGAUUUAAAUUUAGGUUUAUAAUACAUGGAUAAUAUACGUAUUAUAUUAAAAUUCUAAUAUAUGAUACUAUUAUUAUCUUUUAUAAAUUGUUCUCAUUUUGCCCACCAAAAAUGUAUAAAAUCAUAAAAUUGUAAUUUU